AAGUUUUUUAGUUUUAUAAUUUUUAUUAGUAGUGUUUGUAGGUUAACUUUAUGUAUUGUUUAUAAAAAUGUUACAAAAUACUGGAAAAUAUAGAAAAGAAAGGCCAGAAAAAGAAAAUGAUAAAAUUGAAAUUAUUUCUAGGGAAAAUUCAUCUGAAGCAAGACUAAGACAAGUUAUAGAAAAUGAUAAUAUAGAUCUCAAAUAUGGAUUUGAAAGAAUAAAACCUCAUGAAGAGAAAGUCGGCUAUCUUCUUAAUAUGCACAUGAAUGAAAUGCUGGAUGAGGACAAAAGACUUAUAGCAGUGGUUGAUUACUUUUUUAUGGAGGAAGAUGGUACGAGAUUCAAGGUCUCAUAUCCAUUUAUGCCUUAUUUUUAUAUUCUUACGUCUAGAGAGCUGUUACAAGAAGUUGCUCAAUUUUUAUCUAAGAAGUACUCUGGAGUUAUUAAUAAAAUUGAAGAAGUUGUCAAAGAAGACUUAGAUUUGCCGAAUCAUUUAAUUGGAUUAAAGCAGAAAUAUUUAAAACUUUCAUUUUUAAAUCAGAAUGAUUUACAAAAAGUUCGAAAGGAAAUUUUACCAGUUAUAAGAAAAAAUAAAGAAAAACAGAAUAAGUAUUACAAUCAAUUACUAAUAAAUGCAGUGGCACAAGAAGAAGAUAUGGAACAUCUAAAAAUUAAUGUAAAUCAUUUGGAAAGCAUUACAGACAUUAGAGAAUAUGAUAUACCAUACCAUGUAAGGGUAGCCAUUGAUUUAAAAUUAUUUUGUGGAUCUUGGUAUAAAGUGAAAACUACAAAUGCACUGGGUGAUCCUCCAUAUAUUGCCCAUUGUCCUGAAAUUAUUGAACGUCCUGAUCCUAUAGUGUUGGCCUUUGAUAUUGAAACAACAAAAUUACCACUUAAGUUUCCUGAUGCCAAUACUGAUCAGAUCAUGAUGAUUUCAUACAUGAUAGAUGGACAAGGCUUUUUAAUAACAAAUCGUGAAAUCAUCUCACAAGACAUAGAGGACUUUGAAUUUACCCCAAAACCAGAAUUUGAAGGUAAAUUUACAAUUUUCAAUGAACCUAAUGAACGUGGUGUUCUUGAAAAAUUUUUUGAACAUAUAAUGGAUGUAAGACCUCACAUUUUUGUCACUUACAAUGGCGAUUUUUUUGACUGGCCAUUUAUUGAAGCUAGAGCAGCAAUACAUGAAUUAGAUAUGAAACAGGAAAUAGGAUUUUUCAAAGGUAGAGAUGGGGUUUAUUCUAGUAGACCAGCAGUUCACAUGGAUUGUAUUUGCUGGGUAAAAAGGGACUCCUAUCUUCCUCAAGGAUCUCAUGGUUUGAAGGCUGUUGCAAAAGCUAAAUUGAGAUACGAUCCUGUGGAAUUAGAUCCUGAAGAAAUGUGUCCUUUGGCAGCCGACCAACCUCAAGUUCUAUGCAAUUAUUCUGUUUCUGAUGCUGUUGCAACAUAUUAUUUAUACAUGCAAUAUGUUCAUCCCUUUAUUUUUGCUUUGUGCACUAUUAUUCCGUGUGAACCAGAUGAGGUCCUCAGAAAAGGGUCAGGAACCCUUUGUGAAAGUCUUCUCAUGGUGCAGGCUUUCCAUAAGAAUAUUAUAUUUCCUAAUAAAGAAGAGCAAAUUUUAAACAAGCUCACUGAAGAUGGUCAUUUACUACAUCAGGAAACAUAUGUUGGUGGUCAUGUUGAAGCAUUAGAGUCAGGAGUUUUUAGAGCUGACAUUCCUUGUCGUUUUCGUAUUGAAACUGAAGCUGUUGACAAAUUAAUAGCAAAUGUAUUCAAAACUCUUACACAUGCCAUUGAGAUUGAAGAAGGAGUUCCCUUGGAGCACGUCACGAAUUUGCAAGAGAUCAAAGAUGAAAUCGUGUCACAAUUAGAACAACUUAAGGAAAAACCUCUGCGCCUAGAGAAACCUUUGAUUUACCAUUUGGACGUGGGAGCUAUGUAUCCAAAUAUUAUUUUAACUAAUCGCCUUCAACCUUGUGCCAUAGUAAAUGAACACAUUUGUGCUGCUUGCGAUUUUAAUAAACCACAAGCUGUGUGUCAACGAAAAAUGGAAUGGAUAUGGAGAGGAGAAUUUAUGCCGGCUACUAAAAAUGAAUAUUUUCGCAUUCAGCAGCAAUUGGAGACUGAAAAAUUUCCACCCUUAUUUCCCGGCAAGCCUCAAAGAGCAUUCCACGAGUUAUCACGUCAAGAGCAAGCUGAGCUUGAAAAGAAACGGUUGUCGGUGUAUUGCAGGAAAGUUUAUAAAAAACAAAAAGUCACAAAAACUGAAACAAGAACAACAACCAUUUGUCAGAAAGAGAAUUCGUUUUAUGUUGAUACUGUUCGUGCAUUUCGUGAUAGAAGGUAUGAAUAUAAAGCCCUUUCAAAACAAGCUAAAAAAAUGGUUUCUGAUGCAGUUAAAGGUGGUAACGCUGUUGAAAUAAAAUCUGCAAAGAAUAGAGAAGUUUUAUAUGAUUCUUUGCAACUUGCGCACAAGUGUAUUUUAAAUUCCUUCUAUGGAUAUGUUAUGAGAAGGGGGGCUCGUUGGCAUAGUAUGGAAAUGGCGGGUAUUGUGUGCUAUACAGGGGCGAAUAUUAUAAUGAUGGCUCGUGAAAUAAUAGAAAAAGUGGGUAGGCCGUUGGAGCUUGAUACUGAUGGCAUCUGGUGCAUCUUGCCUUCCUCUUUCCCAGAAAACGUUACCGUUCACACAUCCAACGAAAAAAAGAAGAAAUUGAUAAUUUCCUACCCGAACGCAGUAUUAAACGCAAUGGUGAAAGAACAUUUCACAAACAAUCAGUAUCACGAAUUGGUCGAUUCGGAAAUGUUUGAGUACGAAAUUAGGAGCGAAAAUUCGAUUUUCUUUGAAGUCGACGGCCCUUAUAAAGCUAUGGUAUUGCCAGCUUCAAAAGAAGAAGGAAAACGCUUAAAGAAAAGAUAUGCGGUGUUUAAUUUUGAUGGAACCUUAGCGGAAUUGAAAGGUUUCGAAGUAAAACGUCGCGGAGAAUUACAAUUGAUCAAGAAUUUCCAAUCGUCAGUUUUCGAGGCGUUUUUGAAAGGGGACAGUUUGCAGUCAUGCUACGCAGCCGUGGCUCAAGUGGCCAAUUAUUGGUUGGACGUUUUGUAUUCUCGUGGAAGAAAUUUACCGGAUACCGAAUUGUUCGAAUUAAUUUCAGAAAACAAAUCAAUGUCUCGUAAAUUGGAAGACUACGGCGAACAGAAAAGUACAUCGAUCAGUACUGCAAAGAGAUUAGCAGAAUUUUUGGGAGAUCAGAUGGUUAAAGACGCCGGUUUAGCUUGCAAGUAUAUUAUUGCUAAAAAACCAGAAGGAGCACCAGUUACAGAGAGAGCUAUUCCUUUAGCUAUUUUUCAAGCAGAUGAUGCUGUUCAAAAGCAUUUUUUAAGGAAGUGGUUAAAAGACAACUCUUUAGGGGACUUUGAUAUACGUGAAAUUCUUGAUUGGAACUAUUACAUUGAAAGGCUUGGUGGAGCUAUACAAAAGAUUAUUACCAUCCCUGCUGCAAUGCAAGGGAUUGCAAACCCUGUACCUAGGGUGCAACACCCCGAAUGGCUUCACAAAAGAGUACUGGAAAAAAACGAUAAUUUUAAACAGCGUAAAAUAAAUGAUAUGUUCACCGCGUGUGCAAAACCUCAUAGAGAUUCUUCUGAAAGUGGACAUAGUAGAGAUACUAGCGAUAUCGAAGACAUUGGUAAAUUCAAAUCACCUCCAAGUACCAGCAAAGUUGGAAUGGUUACUAAACGCAAGAGACAAUCUGAUAGUGAUAAUGAAUUUCAAGAAAGUGAUUUGGGAAAAAGUUGGAGGACAGUUCUUGGACUGCCUCCGCCAUUUGGCAAAACUAGAGAAGAGAUUGUGAAAUGGAUUGAAUUUCAUAAAAAAAAAUGGAGAUUCAUGGCUCUUCAAAAGGGCGACACAAAUCAAUAUGUUAAACGUUCCAAACAAACUAGGACAGGGGCAAUAUCAGGCACAUUAGGCGGAUUCAUUCAAAAAUCACAAAGGACAAGACUAUUGUCUUGCUGGCAAAUAUUACAAAUUGUGCCCACCUCUACCCCUGGAAUAUUUAAAUUAUGGGUUCUUAUCCAGUCAGAACUAUAUCAGUUAAAAUUAAACAUUCCUCGUAUUUUUUAUGUCAAUUUGAGAACACCUAAACGAACAGAAGACAGUGAUACCCUUCAGAAAUGUAAUCGUACUUUACCUCGAUCGAGACCUGUUUUUAAUUUGUACAAGCAAUCCAUUCCCGAAUUAACAUUCAUAGAACGUGGCAAAAAAGAAUAUGUCGAUCAAACAGAUCCCAACGUGGAGGGUGUUUACGAGUUGCAAGUGCCGUUGCUCUUUCGUUCUCUUGUUUUUGUUGGAUGUGUUUGUAAGGUGCUUCCCGACUCAAAAAAUGCCAGUAUGGAUACGUUCAAUCUCGAUAAACUGGAAAUGACCAGCAUUUCGAAGCAGCCUUAUUUGGAGGAUGGUUGUAUCAAACACAUUUUCUUAUAUCAACACCGACUGAACAACAAAUCAAGACAGAUGUUUGGUUUGUUUUUGACACCACUAAACAAGUCUAUAAUUAUCGUUGUAGACUCUGUAAGGACAAAUCUCAUGCCUCAUAUGAAUAAUUUGUAUCAAGCAGAGAGGAAAGCCAAAAUCGAAAGAAAAGGCAAAGAAAACGUGAAAUUACCCCCGGAAAUAAUAACUUUUGAAAUUCGUGUUGAAACUGACCUAAAACAAGUGUACAAAGCCAUUCAGAAGGCUCUACAAAUGUACAAGGACGAAAAAAAGGGGCCAACAAUGGUUGCAGUUCAGUCUUAUGAUGAGCUAUCCUACUUACAAGCUCAGAUAUCGAACUUAAACGAAUAUCCUACCAUGCAGGUUCAUGUUAAGGAUAUGGACGAUUUGUAUAACAAUUUGGAAUGGCAAAAGAUUGGCGCUAGAGCACUUGUUCGACACUACCUUAACAGUGAAGAAGCUAUCAGUCUGACUAUAAAACAGUGUCGUUAUUUUCAUUUACCAGUUGGGAACAUGCCCUCUGAUCCUGCCCUUUUCGGUGCCGACUUAAUGUUUGCUAGGCACCUGAUUAAACAAAACCAUGUACUUUGGUGCUCUCCAACUGAGAGGCCGGAUCUUGGAGGCAGUCAGGAAAACGAUGCUAGGCUAUUGGCAGAGACACGUGAAAGUUCGAGUGAAGUGUGUAACAACCCUGGGUGGUACUCAUCGGUUUGCAUUGAAUUGGCAAUCGAUAGUUUGGCAAUUAACACUUUGUUGCAAUCCCAUCAUAUAACCGACAUGGAAGGAACGAGUUCAAGCGUGGCUUUUGAUAACGCAGCGCCCCAAUCUUUGGAUGAAAUGAUUGGAGGUCAGACCUCCUUUACGCCAUACGACGAAUCUUCUAAAUGUGCGGAAGCAUUUAGAAUCCUUAGAAUCAUGGUCACCGCCUGGAUGAGGGACAUCACACUCUACCGAAACGUUUUCGCUGACUUCCAAGUGGUUCACUUUUACAGGUGGUUGCGAGCACCACAAGCUCUUUUAUAUGACCCGGCUCUUCUAAGAACCCUGCAAAACCUCAUGAAGAAAUUAUUUAUUCAAUUGGUGGCCGAGUUCAAACGACUAGGUUGCACUAUAGUUUACGCGAACUUUGACAAAAUAGUAAUAUGCUCUAGAAAAACGAAAGUGGAAGACGCCAUCGCUAACAUCGAAUUUGUUGUGGCGUCUUUAAGAAAUAGGGAACUGUUUCAUUCUCUAGAAAUAACUUACAGACAAUGUUGGGAACAGUUAAUUUGGUUGGAUUCUGCCAAUUACGGUGGCAUUGAAGGCAAAUUACCAAAAGGUCUUGAAUCUGAAUGUGGUCUUACAGAAGAAUUACAGAAUAUUCAGGAAGCAGAUUCUGAAAAUGACCCUAAUGAACCAAUGGUCGUUAUGAACUGGAAUAUAGCCGAACAGUUGCCAGAAACUGCAGGUUGUCGAAAUAGUUUUAAAGCAAUAGUAGCUGGCUAUAUUCACGCAAUCCAUUUAAAACUUAAAGAAACGGAGAGCAGCAACGUCCCAGUUACCUUAAGUCAGCCCUCUUUAGGUUUAACUGCUCACAAAGACGUGGUUGAAUUUGCACGGGAGCUUAUUAGUAGAGAUAUAAGUCAAAAUUUAUUUUUAACGGUGGAAAAAUUAAAUAGUAGAUUGCCUGCCGAAAACAAAGACGGUCAUUUUCCAACUCUCGAUUUCAUCAAUUCAAUUUGUCAUAUACUUGGGCUAGAUCCUGCUGUUCGAGAUGUAGUUGACAAUUUAAAAAGUGAUCUGCUUAGGCUUGUAGCUGUGGGAGAGUUUUCGGACAAAGCCUCAUUCAAGGAUAGGACGGUAUCGUAUGUGAUUCCCCAAAUAAUUUGCAAGGCGUGUAACCAUUGUAGAGACGUUGAUUUGGGAAGAGACAGUCAUCGAUCGGAUAGCGCUUGGUUGUGUCCUUUAUGUAAUUCCCCUUACGACAAUUCAGAAAUUGAAAAUCAACUUUUAGACAUCAUCACACGGAAAAUGAUCACGUACAAUUUGCAGGAUUUGCAAUGCAAGAAAUGUUCUCAGAUUAAACUGGAAAAUUUAACUACGCGAUGUAGCUGUGCAGGUGAAUUUCGAUGUCUUAUAUCUGCUAAUGAUUUAAUAGAACUUUUACAAACAUUUCAACGAUUAGCGGAAAGUUUUGAUAUGUCGGCCCUAUAUGAAACUGUACACCAAGUGCUUAAAUUAGCUUGAUAACAUUUAAAUAUUUCAGUGUGAUAUUUCAAUUUAUAGAUAUGACCCAUUAAAAAUUGUAAUUAGUAAGAGGUUAUGUCUAAUGAACGCAUCUUAUUUUUUUUGAAAUAAAAAAUAGUCCCAUAUCUAUGGCU